GUGAACUGCCUCAUUUUGAUCGUGCCAAAUUGUUAGUGAGAAGUAAUGUGGUGACAAAUGCAAUUAACGAGUUGGGAAAUGUAAUUAUUCAAAAUGGUUUGGAAAGAGCAGUUGGUGUAUGUUUGUUGCACAAACAUUUUGAUGUGAAGAGUAAUGAAAUUUUAUUAGAAACAAAUCACGAUAACACAUCGAAAUUAGCACCUGUUGCCAGUAGCAGCAUCAAAGACGAAGUGUUGCCAUACAUGUGGAAGAUGGGUAAAGAUAUGUGCUGGAGUCCACUGGAAUUUGUUUAUAAUACAGAGCAAAACAAAGAUGCAUUUGGAAAGGUUAUGCAAAAUGAAGGUUUUCUUCGUACAGUUGGAAUGAUCAUGCUACAGUUAAAGGUCGAUGAUAUCCUUGGUUUAAGUUUAUUACAUCGCGAUCAUAUUAGUGGUGCUGCAGGUGGUACAAUGGAAACUACCAACGAAAUUAGCCGUGAAUUGACGGUUGUUCCAUUAGAUAAAACUGUCAAAUGUGACCAUCAUGAAACAGUGCAAACACUAUGGAAAUUUGGAACCAGACAAAUGGAUGAGGAUGUCUGUAAUCACUGUAUGCAUUGCACACACACUACUUCCGGAUGAAAAAGGCAGUUGCCAUAAGUAUAACAUUAAUUCUUUGAUCUUUAAAAAUUCUUACUUCUCUUGCACCCUUUUUCUCUGCUUUACCCUGUUGUAGUGUCUCCUCAAUAUCUUCUUGUAGUGUUUAUUUUUGAUGAUAAAAACGGAAGGAUUUAAAUAAAGGCUUUAAAACUAACGUGGGAACGCCCCCAACUGCACCCUUGCUUUUUGCGUACAGACAUGUAAAUAUAGGUAAUCAAUCAUGCUGAUUCCGAAUAUCACAGUAAGAGAACUAUCCGAACCUUUGAAGACCGGUUUUUUAGCGAAAAAUUCUUUUUCGUCGGGCGCAAUUGUUCUAGAUCAAUUGGUUAUACGAAAAACAAAAGCUACAUUCAUUUUGAAAAAUCAACCUGCUACAGGCAGUAUAAAUCCUUUAUUCGAGAUGAUAUUUAAGAAGUUUUAAUGUUAUUUAAUGGAAAUGAUAUUCAAUAAAGAAAUGAUGAACACAAAUCAUUUUGUUACACCAACUACAUUUACAUACUCAUCGACAUCUUCUGUUUUCUGUCGUUUUGCUCUUUGUUGUGCAAGAUAUUUACGAAACCGUCGAACAUAUGAUCUAUCUGGAAGAGCUGUAAAUUUUCGAUGAACGCCUUUCCACGAACGACCACGUUUACUUGAUGAAUUUCUUUCUUCAGCAUAAUCAUCUACUUUUUGCAUAAAGUCAAUUGAAUGGCAAAAGCGUACCCCAUAAUCUGAAGUAUAUUUUCGUCUAUUCUAAUCUCGAAAAUGAUCACUUUUGUUUUUUUACCUAACGUCCACCUGAUUAUCCACCGUGGUGGGGUGUUCGAGUAGCCUUGACUUUUAAAAAAUUCAUAGCUUACUCAAAACAACAUCAGAACGAGUUGAAAACCUCAGGAUCUGCUUUUUAUUGUCCGUUAAACGUGAUCAUACGAUCGAAAGAAUUGAAAGACCAUAUUUUUGAUCAAAAGCUCUCCAGUAAAUCUUUUAGAAGACCAUAGGGUUUUGUAAAUUCUUUUUGUGGGGAUUGACUUGUGAAUUUUUUCAAUAUUAGGUGAAAGUCAUAUAGUUGUUCAACUAUUGUCCAUCCAAAAAAAGAACGGCACAUAACUGUUUUUUGAAUAAGUUUUGAUAGAAAAGAACUAGAGAGCUCUGGUUUCCACCAUUCGAAAGAGGAGACUUGGGGACAUGUUUCAAUAACCAAAAAGUUUUCAGAAGAAUUUUUCUGAAACAGGUUUUCGAGGAGUUCUUUGGAAAGCCAGGCCAUGUGCAGUCAUUAUUGUCUAUCUUUCUUAACAUGGUUGUCGAUAUAUAAUAGCAAUGUGCUUAGUGAACUGCUUCAUUAUGAUCGUGCCAAAACCAUUCUUAUUCUUAGUUGAUGUGUUUUUGCUUCACAUUAGCGAAAAUUUUUGCUAGUGUUUUGAAGAAUCAUAUUCUGCUGAAAUUUAGGAAGAUCUUUUCUCAUUAAACGAGAAAUAUUGCGGCGUUCCCUAGACGAAUAUGUUGCUGGGCUUUAGCUAUUAUUUUUCGUUCGACAUGAGAGAUUUCUUGAAUCUCAAAACCUCUAGCAGUUCAG